AUGUCGUUGUCACGCAGUCCCUCUCCAAUUCCCGGCGGCGGCUGGGCGAGUCCAGGUCUCAACAUCGCGAGCGGUCGGUCGAGUCCAGCGUUUGCAGGGUCGAGCAGCACACCAGCCAUGUGGGAGUCGUCACGGUUAAAACGGGGCGGCGCCUCUGGAUACCCCUCAUUUUCCACCAAGAACCAGAGCUUCUUUGGCCGGCACAUGCGUCGCAUUUCGAGCCACCUCCCGCGUUUUAGCUCGAGCACACAUUACGCUGAAAAGAAAAAGCUGGGCCGGGGUGGGUGGUCGGUUCACAAUGUUCCGUUACUGGGGAGGGUCAAGGGAAUCCUAGGCCGUAUGGGGAGGAAAAUGAAGAUCAGGCUACUGAUGCUGCUCAUGCUCAUCCUUGCGAUCAUAAUAUUCUACAAUACCCCCCUCGUGUACCAUUGGCGGAGGUCGAUUUGGUUUGGAGGAGGGAAGAAGUUCGUCAUCAUACUCGGGGCCAAUGUUGGCGGUGGUGUGAUGGAUUGGAAGGGCGCGCGGGAAUGGGCGAUCGAGCGAGACUCGGAGCGGAAUAAGAAAAAAUAUGCCGCCCGCUGGGGGUACGAGCUUGAAAUCGUCGACAUGAGCACCAAGAAACGGUAUGCGCACGAGUGGCGGGAGAGCUGGGAGAAGGUCGACUUUAUGCGGACGGCCCUCAAGAAGUACCCGGACGCUGAGUGGUUCUGGUGGCUCGAUCUUAACACCUUUAUAAUGGAACCGAGCUACUCUCUCCAAGACCACAUCUUCAACAAUCUCGAAAAGAAUGUCUACAGAGACAUUAACGAAUACAACCCCCUUAACAUCACCCACCCCUUCGCCCAGACCUACCUCGAUGCCGAGUCACAAAGUCCCAUUGGCGACGGGAAUCCCGGCUCCAUCAACCUCCUCCUAUCCCAGGAUUGCGCCGGCUUCAACCUGGGCUCGUUCUUCAUGCGCCGAAGCAUAUGGACCGAUCGGCUACUGGACGUUUGGUGGGACCCGGUGGCCUACGAGCAAAAGCACAUGGACUGGGCCCACAAAGAGCAGGAUGCGCUAGAGCAGCUGUACGUCUCACAGCCGUGGGUCCGUAAACAUACAGCCUUCCUCCCACAGCGAUCUAUCAACAGCUUCCCGGAAGGAGCGUGCGCCGACGACGGGAUCGACCAGCGUUUCCACUACAACGAGAAAGACCGGGAUUUCCUCGUCAAUAUGGCCGGCUGCGAAUGGGGCCGUGACUGCUGGGGCGAAAUGUACAACUUCCGACAGCUCAGCUACUACCUGAACCGGAACCCAUGGGAGCGGUUCAAGGAAGACUUGGUAGCCGUGCUCUGGUUUAAGAUUACAGGGCAGAAGGUGACUCUCUAA